AUGGACGGUCUCCAUACGCUGGAGUUUCAGGACUUUCAGUAUAUGGGGUGGAGCCGGCUGGGAUUCUUCCGCGGGUCCAAGAUGGCGGGCCGACUCCGUACCCUCGUCCUCCACAACAUAGAUUGGUGUCAGGUGGAGGACGUGCUGGAGGACAUUGUGGCGAUGGACAACUUGCAGACACUCGAGAUGAAGGGCGUUUUGGACCGUUUUUCGGAGCCAUGGCCGGAGAAAUCGUCUUGCACACAGUCCCUACCGUCACAUCCUUCCCUCAAGACCCUUCGGCUGUCUAACUGCAAGGGCGCUCAUGUCUCCACCUUGGUGCGCGUUUUCCCCAACUUGAGGGAGUUCACAACUUCAAUAUGCAGCUUUGUCCCCGAUGCGACGGACUGUUGGCCUGCUCUGGACCAUUUAUGCGCCCUUCAUCUUAGUGAACUCGCAGAUUGGCCAAACAAUUGUCAGGUUCACAGUUUAACUGUCAGGGAAACUGUGUCACAGAAAUCAUCAUACAAGUACCUGGAAUUGCUCCGACGGACAUCGCCCGUCAGGUUGUCCAUGUAUAUGGAUACGAACAAGGAUUGUCUCUCUCUCGGGGAGCUCGAGCGUUGCGUACCGAGGCUUCGCGUUCUCGAGCUCAGCGUGAUAGCAGAGCCCCAUGACCUGAAAGUAUGGUUAUUCGAUCGCCUUGUGCCGAUGUUAAGCCUUAUUGGCGCCCCUUAUCUCGAGAUACGGCUAGAUAUCGAAUCGGACACGGAGCUGUCACAGCGUACAGCCGAAGAGGUAGAAUGUCUUCGCGAGCUGCCUCUGCAGAUCGCCCGCAACAUUCCGUCGGCCAAGGUGGCGCUUCACACCAUACUCAUUCAACCACUGGUAUAUCCACAAUGA